AUGUCCAUCCAUACCCCAAGAAAAAAGGCCAGAAUCCGUCUGGAUGACGACGUAACCUCCGUGAAAACGCGCCCAGUGAACCCCCUCCAAAAACAGCGCGAGCAGCUCCCGAUAGCACGAGGGCGGGAAGCUCUCAUUCGCGAAAUACAGGAAAAUGACACAACAAUUUUAUUGGGAGAGACAGGUUCAGGAAAAACCACUCGUGCGUUUGCUAGCCAUUAUACCACAGUUAUUGCACCUCAUAACUCCAUCUUAAGUACAGAGGUCCCUCAAUACAUCCUCGAGUCAGGCAUCGCAGGCAAAGGCAUGAUUGCCGUCACACAGCCACGUCGAGUAGCAGCCACGUCCCUUGCUGCUCGUGUAGCUGCAGAGAAAAACGUCUCCGUUGGUGGACUUGUCGGAUACUCCGUAAGAUUCGACGAGGCUUCCAGCUCCGAUACCCGUAUAAAAUACGUUAGUGACGGUAUGCUCGUGCGGGAGCUGCUUUCGGAUCAGUUGCUGUCGAGAUACAGUGUCAUAGUCGUGGACGAAGCGCAUGAACGAACCCUUCGGACGGAUUUCCUAAUAGCAAACCUGAAAACGAUUCAGAUCGCUAGAAAUGGUGGGGGAGAUGUCAACGGGAAAGGAAAGGGUCCCGCGUCAGCCCUUAACCCAUUGAAGCUCAUCAUCAUGAGUGCUACGCUUGAUGCUGAGAAAUUUAGCAAGUUCUACAACAAUGCACGAAUACUCUAUGUCAAGGGCCGACAACACCCUGUUCAAAUAUUCCACACAUCUGUCAGCCAGACGGACUACGUCGAUGCUGCUCUACGGACAUUCUUCCAAAUACAUACUGAUAGACCUCCUGGAGAUGUCCUUAUAUUUCUUCCAGGUCAAGAGGACAUUGAAAGUCUUGACAAAUCGAUAAAAAUGUAUGCUCGCAGACUCCCUGAGGAGCGUAUGAGUGUCCUAACAUACCCAAUGUACGCUGCCUUGCCACCUACGCAACAAGUCAGAAUAUUUUCAUCCGCCCCUCCAAACACCCGGAAAUGUAUUCUUGCUACCAACAUCGCCGAGACGUCUAUCACAAUACCCGGAAUAAAAUAUGUAAUCGAUACCGGCAAGUGUAAAGAAAAACGAUAUUUAUCGAAGGAUACCGGUGGAGGUUUUGAUACCCUCCUGACUCGAGAUAUCACAAAAUCGUCUGCUAUGCAGCGGGCUGGUCGCGCCGGUCGCGAAGGCCCAGGUUUCUGUUUCCGCUUGUACACAGAAGACGCAUUCAAUGCAAUGGCGCUGUCCGCAGAGCCCGAGAUUCGCCGAUGCAGCUUAACCCAGAGUGUCUUGCAAUUGAAGUGCCUCGGCCAAGACUUUGAAGCAGUCGACUUCAUGGACGCUCCCGAGAUCGGGUCAGUCAUAUCCGCGCUUAAAACUCUCUGGCUUCUCGGCGCGUUGGACAACUCCAAGACACUAACCGCACUGGGGCGCCAAAUGUCGUCCUUCCCCGUGGAGCCGUACUUCGCGCGUAUCAUCCUCGCAUCCAAGACCCACGGAUGCACCUCUGAAGUAAUAGACAUCGUGUCCAUUCUCUCGUCCUCUUCUACGCUCUUCCUCGAUAUCUCCGACCAGCGCGAUGCCAUCACAGAAACUCGGGGCAAGUUCCGCCAUGCGAGCGGGGACCAUAUGACGACGCUAAACGCCCUCCGAUCAUACCAAGAGAUUGCCGCAUCUGAAAACAAAGGCGCGAGAAAAGAAUGGUGUCGUCAACAUUUCGUGAACGAAAGAACGUUCGUGGAGGCGAUGAAGAUUAGAGAUCAGUUGAGGCAGACGUGCCAACGAGUUGGUAUCGAUUGGCAUACUUCCACCGCGGAUAAUGAUGAGCCAGUGCUGAGAUGCUUCGUCACUGGCCUCGUUCAGCAGUCGGCGUUUUUACAGCCGGAUGGGACAUACAAGCAAACGAUGGGUCAUUUUGUCAUUAAAAUUCACCCAGGUUCCACACUCUGCGACAAAAAGGUACCUGCUAUCAUCUACGAUGAGCUUGUCUACACAAGCCAGAUUUACGCAAGAGGCGUGUCCUCCGUUCCAAAGAGCUUCUUUAGCAACGUCACACCAAUAACGAAAGAAGCGUAA